AGAACCUCCCCCUCCCCACCCCCUAUCUCAAGGAAACCAUUCCCAUUGCAUGGGUCAACACGACCCUGUUUGAUUACCAGGGUAAGCUGCGGUCGGGUCCAUUGAAGCUCUUUGCAUGGCCUGUACCUGAAACAAUGGCAGACCAACUCAAUCCAGUUGGCACAGUGGUGUCCAAUAUCAACACUGCUACCUCAGUCUCACUCAGCAUUGAAUUUCCAAGUUACUCCCAUGCUGUUGUGUAUCCAUCAUUUGAGAAGAUUGCUGAACUAGCUGCAGAAGUUACUGACUUCAACAUUUUUGGAGGAGCAGAUGAAACAUUGAUUGAGCAACUAAGGCAGAUUGUAAACCGUGAACCCUUGGCCCCAAUCUUUGAACAAGAAAAGGAGCUUGUUUGGGAGAGGAGAAUUGACUGUCGAGAACAUUUUCCGCAUGCUCUAGCAAAACUGUUGUGUUGUGUGAAGUGGAACAGCAAUAAAGAUGUUGCUUUGAUGCAGAUUCUUCUUCAAACUUGGCCCAGGCUGGACCCAGAGCAGGCUUUAGAACUGUUGGAUUUCACGUAUGCUGACCAGGAAGUGAGGAAGAUUGCUGUGCAGUGCAUUGAAAAAAUGAGUGACAGGGAAAUUUCACAGUAUCUUCUUCAGCUAGUCCAGGUUCUAAAGUAUGAAUCAUACCUUGAUAAUGACUUGGCAGAGUUUUUACUCAAGAGAGCUCUUAAGAAUCAGCACUUUGGGCAUCAGUUGUUUUGGUUUCUCAGGUAAAAUGAACUCUUCACCUUUAUUUACAAUGUACAAUGUACACUGUA